AUGUCGUCCUCAAUGCUCGAUGUGAGGGAUGACCGCCGAUCUAGAUCGAAAUCUCCAAGUGGCCGCGACAGAGAUCGGUCGAGAUCGCGUUCACGCGACGUCCGGGACCGGGAUGAGCCCGAUGAGUACAGCAGCAGCAAGCGAUCGAGCAGGAGAUACGCUGAACCACAGGAUGAGCCGGAGCAAGAUCGUGGAUACAAGGAUAGACGGUCGAGCAAGAAAUAUUACGAUGAGGAAGAAGAGACGGAUCGCCGCAGCAGCAGUAAAAGAAGCUCGAAGAAAUAUGUGGACGAGAGCGACGAGGAAGAUAAAUAUCGCUCGUAUAGGUCGAGCAAGGACCCUCGAGCACAAGAAAUAACACCCUCGGACGAUGACAGGAGAUAUGAACGAAAGAAAAAGUCUGACAGUGACUCGGAUCGACACAGAGAGAGACGAGAAAAAUCUGGCAGGAAGAAACACGACGAUUCAGAAGAGGAGAGUGACUCAGACGCUCGUCGCAGAUACAGAGACAAAGAUCCCAAUUAUCAAAAUGGACAUGGAGCAUAUGGCCAUCCGCCGGGGUCAUACGCUGAGAUCCGGCCUGAGGCAGCUCGCCAUAUGAGUUAUACUCCCAACGAUCCUCGUUACGCUCCUCCAGGAGCCUAUAAUGGUGCUGGCCCUGUGCCUGCUGCACAGCGGUCGAGUUCCUACGGUGGUUCUGGCGGUCCCCAGUAUGCCAAUCCCGAGCAGUUCAAAUAUGCAGACCCAAGCGAAAUCUCAUCACGAAGACCCGAAUACGAACGGUCUCGACCGUCAGACUACGAGCGGUCGCGCCCUAGGGAUACUAGAGACAAUGACAACGACUACAGGAGCAGCAAGUAUGAGACACGCACGCCAACGGAUAAGAAAUACAAUGACGACAGAUAUGAGACUCGAGAACCUAAAAGCAAGGACUACCACGAUGACUACGACAGGCACGCGAAGAGCGACCGGAGACGUGAGAGGGACAAAUAUGGUUCAGAAGAGGUGACCAAGAGAAUGUCAACUUUGGCGGUCGGAGGAGCAGCGCUGGGUGCUGCAACGUUAGGUGUGGCACAGUACAACUCCCAUGAUGGCAACAAGCCUCCUCCUUCGCCCUUACUCGAGGCAUACAAGGGGACUUAUCAAUCCAUUUCACCUAUGCCCUCGGCCUUGGUUCUGGCAAACCACAAAGGCGACUCGGAUUUGUCUGACCUCGAGCUUGAUCAAGAUGACGACGAUGGGGACUCGGACGCCAAGCUGAAACGAAAGAUACGCCAGCUCGAGAGGGAAAAGGAAAAGUAUACCAAAGGACACGACAGGGGUGCAAGUCUCGCUGAAACGACCCAAGAAGUCCGCCCGCGUCGGCUGUCGAAGCUCGACACCAACCUGGACGUUGAAGUUCGCCAACCUGGUAGUGCCAGCCGAGACCGCUCACCAUCUAGGAGCAUAUUGUCGCCAGGAGGGCGUAGUGGGAGAAGGAAGACCGUCUCCUUCUAUGACCCUACCGAAGAUGCCAAACGCAUCGCCGCUGCUCUGGCAGGCACACGGUCUGCACCAGAUCCACGACCGCUUGUACAGAUCUUGCCACGGCUUUCAACGGACGAUCUGAUCGCUCUUCGGGCCGAGUACAAGAAUCACGCCAAGGUGAGCGGGCAAGGUAUCAACAUGGCCAAGCACAUCAAGAUGCGCGUUCCCGGCAACCUGGGGAAAGCGUGCUACGCGACCGCCCUAGGACGAUGGGAAAGCGAGGCAUAUUGGGCAAACUCAUGGUACCAGGGCGGUGCAUCUCGGCGAGAGUUGUUGAUUGAGAGUCUAAUGGGCCGCUCAAACAGCGACAUCCGCGAGAUCAAGAACUGCUUCAAGGACAAGAAGUACAGCGACGACCUCGAGAAAUGUAUCCGCACGGAACUCAAAGCCGACAAGUUCCGCGUUGCCAUCCUGUUGGCGCUCGAGGAGAGACGAAUGCCAGAGUCAUCGCCUGUUGAGAUCAGGCUCGUCAAGGAAGACGUGGUGCACUUGGCCGAAGCGCUCGAGUCGAAGGGCGGAGAGACGGACAUGAUCAAGAUCAUCGUCCUGCGGAGCGACGCCCAUCUACGCGAGGUACUGCGGCUGUUUGAGCGGACCUACGGCGUCAAUUUCGCAAGGCAGAUGAUCUCCAAGUCGAGGAAUCUAGUCGGUGAGACAUUGGCGCAUAUACUGAACGGAGCACUGAAUCGCCCCAUGCGUGACGCGCUGCUGUUACACCAGGCUAUAAGUGAGACGACGCCGGGCAAAGAGCGGACCGAGCUACUGAUCUCCAGACUCGUCAGGAUGCACUGGGAGCCAAAACAUCUCGAGAGGGUCAAGGCGGUGUAUAUAGAGCGAUACGGGCGCAGUGUGGAGGAGGAGGUCAAGAGGGAGGUGUGGGGACAGAUGAAGACGGUCGAGGGACGCUUCUGUGCCGAAUUUUGUAUCGAGUUGGUUCGGAGCAGUUCUUUAUAG